UAGGUCGAUUGACCGAUAAUCGACCCAGUCCCAACCCUGGGAAAAAUAAAUGCAUCAUGUCAGCUAGUCGGCAUUAACCCUGCAAAUCGAAUUCUAAUUCCCGAUACGGUGUCUCCGUCUUCGUCCAGUGUCCACCGACCUCCUCAUCCAUCAGUGUUCCGGCGUUCUUUCUCUAGCUCGGCUGCUCGUGCAACUCUCCUCUUAGUUUUGAGGUUGCGCAAAGAUAACUGUUUUGACCCUUGAAGGUCUGGACUUUGAUCAGAAGAGAUGGGGAGAGCUAAAAAGGGUCCUAAGUUUGCCGCCAUGAAGAAGCUCGUCACCUCUAAAGCUCUAAAACAUUAUAAGGAAGAGGUUUUGAAUCCAAACAAGAAAGAUCUUAGCAAGGAAAAGCUUCCAAGAAAUGUGCCGCAAACCCCUUCGGCGCUCUUCUUCACACACAACACUGCAUUGGGGCCACCAUAUAGAGUUUUGGUCGAUACCAACUUCAUCAAUUUCUCCAUCCAGAAUAAAUUGGAUCUCGAGAAGGGAAUGAUGGACUGCUUAUAUGCAAAAUGCACUCCUUGCAUUACGGAUUGUGUGAUGGCGGAGCUCGAGAAGUUAGGGCAGAAAUAUCGUGUAGCUCUAAGGAUUGCUAAGGAUCCUCGUUUUGAUAGAAUGCCCUGCACCCAUAAAGGGACUUAUGCUGAUGACUGCAUUGUUGAUAGAGUUACUCAGCAUAAAUGCUACAUUGUUGCUACCUGUGAUCGAGACUUGAAGCGAAGGAUACGCAAGAUCCCUGGUGUGCCAAUCAUGUACAUUACUAAACACAAGUAUUCAAUUGAACGAUUGCCCGAAGCAACUGUUGGUGGAGCUCCGAGAUUUUGAUAAUACUGGUGGAGUCUUUUGGCAAUGGGAAACAAAUGGUUUUGGCCUUGCAGGUUAUUUUUUAUUUUUAUUUUUUAUAAUGAGACUAGAUAAGCUGUAAUUCCCAAAUUAGGGAGGAAAAAAGAGGAUUAUCAUACUAUUAUGUCGCUCUUAGCUUACGUUUGUGUCUGAGAAAUGUUCGUUUUGUUUGUUUUCUAUUUUUUGUGUUUUCAUUUUCGGUUUCUAUUUUUCAAUUUCUGUUUUUCUAUUA